AUGAGAUCUCCUGUCGAACCAUUAAUCCCACCAGAGCUAGCUGGAUUUGUUUGUGGAGGUAUUUCGGGAACAAUAUCUCGUACAGUAACUGCACCCAUGGAUCGCUUAAAAGUUCUGAGGCAAACUGAAGUUCCAGAGAUUGUGGGUAAAAAUAUGAUUCAAGGCUUGCAUGCAAUGAUUAAAGAAGGAGGUGUUCUGUCUUUAUGGCGUGGACCACUGCCUCCAGAAGAUCGUUUAUUGGUGGCUAGCUUGGCUGGCGCCUCAUCGUUAACAAUAACUUAUCCCAUCGAAAUAUUAAAAACUCGGAUGGCUUUGCGCAGAUCGCACGAGACGAAUUCCAUGUUAAAUGUAACUCGAAAACUGUAUAAUGAAGGCGGUUUUCGUGGCUUUUAUCGAGGUUAUAAAAUCAGUAUGAUGAGCUAUGUACCCUAUUCUGGGAUGGAAUUAUGCCUUUAUGAGAUGCUUAAACGACGUUAUCUAGAGUAUCAUUAUUCUCUACAACCAAAUACAGAUCGUACUGUAAAAGUUCACAUGCCAGCUGCAGUAACUGUUCCAUUAAUUUUAACAUCAUCUUGCAUCCCGAUGUUGGUUACCUAUCCAGCUAAUUUACUUAGAACUCGAUUUCAGGCAUCAUCAUCUCCAUGUGGUGCUCCCAUUAUACAAUCUCUGCGUUGUAUUGUAAGAAAGAAUGGGUUCAAAGGAUUAUAUGGUGGUAUGUGUGCUAGUCUGUCGAAAACUUUACCGUCUGUUUGCGUUACAUAUCUUGUUUUCGAAUUCACUUCUGAAUUAUUAGGUGUUCCUGGUCUUGGUUGCAAAUAA